AUGCAGUUCAGUCCCGCGUGUCCAAUCCCCUACGUCCAACAGCCCACAGAGCGGAUAGAGCAACUCAAAGCUUUUCUCAAAACUGAUUUUGGGAAAGCCCAGCAAGUGAACGUUUAUGCUCUCAUUCGUCUAUAUGAAACUGGCGAGCUCGGACCCCGCAAGCGAGGCGAUCCCCCAAUCUACCUUGUAGAAGGACAACGAGUUGAGAAUAACCCCUGGGAAGAUGCCUCGGUACCCGAUAACGCGAUGAGAUGGUGUGAGGUACACGCGCACGUCAGAAUACCUCCGCAGUAUGGUGGCGAUUCAGACUUGACACGGCCUUUCCUAGUAUGCAAUGAUACUGGAAGCAAUGUCCUUACCCUUUUCACGUCCGAUCUUCUUGCGCUUCAGUUCGAUUUGGUACGCCACGGAGCAGCCAUACGAGGUGUCGACUCUAUAACCACCGCUAAUGGCCCGUCUCUCCACACUCUGAUAUUCGUUGAUAUGCAAAUCCUUACCUCUGCUUCUGUGGCACUUACCCCUUGGUUUCGAGAGACUGCUAUUCUAAAGCCAGAUAGUCCGGGAGAGGCACGCCUCUCGGGUGCGGUCAUGCGUAACCAUUUGUUCUUUGCCACUGCUCCUGGUAAUGCCCGCCUGUACGUUGCGCAGAAGAAAGCUGGAAUCAUUCGUGAUCUCCCAGUUCGUGAUCCCCCAGCUUGA